GUGCGGGUCGCGAGCUUGGAGAACUUGGUGGUGCUGGCGACGACGACGGCCGCAGGGUUGGGUCCUGGUCUGGGCGCUCACCAUGCCGAGCGUGGAGGAGCUUUACCGCAACUAUGGCAUCUUGGCUGACGCCACGGAGCAAGUGGGUCAGCAUAAAGAUUCCUAUCAAGUCAUACUGGAUGGUGUGAAAGGUGGCACCAAGGAAAAGAGAUUAGCUGCUCAGUUUAUUCCAAAAUUCUUUAAGCAUUUUCCAGAAUUGGCUGAUUCUGCUAUCAAUGCUCAGUUAGACCUCUGUGAGGAUGAAGACGUGUCGAUACGACGUCAGGCAAUUAAAGAGCUGCCUCAGUUUGCCACUGGAGAAAACCUUCCCCGCGUGGCAGACAUACUAACUCAGCUUUUGCAAACAGAUGACUCAGCGGAAUUUAACUUGGUUAACAAUGCCCUGUUAAGUAUAUUUAAGAUGGAUGCAAAAGGGACGUUAGGAGGAUUGUUCAGCCAAAUACUUCAAGGAGAAGACAUUGUUAGAGAACGAGCGAUCAAAUUCCUAUCUACAAAACUUAAAACUUUGCCAGAAGAAGUAUUAACAAAAGAAGUGGAGGAGCUUAUACUAACUGAAUCCAAAAAGGUCCUAGAAGAUGUGACAGGUGAAGAAUUUGUCCUGUUCAUGAAGAUACUAUCAGGGUUAAAAAGCUUGCAGACAGUGAGUGGAAGGCAGCAACUUGUAGAGCUGGUGGCCGAGCAAGCUGACCUGGAACAGACCUUCAACCCCUCGGAUCCUGACUGCGUCGACAGGCUCUUGCAGUGCACUCGGCAGGCGGUGCCCCUGUUCUCUAAAAAUGUUCAUUCUACAAGGUUUGUGACUUACUUCUGUGAGCAUGUUCUUCCUAACCUCAGUUCCUUGACUACCCCAGUGGAGGGUCUCGAUACACAGUUGGAGGUAUUGAAACUGUUGGCAGAAAUGAGUUCAUUUUGUGGUGACAUGGAAAAGCUAGAAACAAACUUAAGGAAGUUAUUCGAUAAAUUAUUGGAGUACAUGCCUCUCCCCCCAGAAGAAGCAGAAAAUGGGGAGAAUGCUGGAAACGAAGAGCCUAAGCUGCAAUUCAGCUAUGUGGAGUGUUUAUUGUACAGCUUUCAUCAGUUGGGCCGAAAACUCCCCGAUUUUUUAACAGCCAAACUGAAUGCUGAGAAGCUCAAAGAUUUCAAAAUCAGGCUGCAAUACUUUGCCCGGGGCCUGCAGGUUUAUAUAAGGCAACUUCGUUUAGCACUCCAGGGGAAAACAGGAGAGGCCUUAAAGACCGAAGAGAACAAGAUUAAAGUUGUUGCAUUGAAGAUCACAAAUAAUAUCAAUGUUUUAAUCAAGGAUCUCUUCCACAUUCCUCCUUCGUAUAAGAGCACAGUAACAUUGUCCUGGAAACCAGUACAGAAGGUUGAGUUGGGGCAGAGAAGAGCCAAUGAAGAUACAACAUCAGGCUCACCACCCAAGAAAUCUGCAGCAGGACCAAAAAGAGAUGCCAGACAAAUUUAUAAUCCUCCUAGUGGGAAAUACAGCAGCAACUUGGGGAACUUUAAUUAUGAACAGAGAGGAGCCUUCAGGGGAAGUAGAGGUGGCCGAGGCUGGGGAGCUCGAGGAAAUCGCAGUCGGGGAAGACUCUUCUGAAUAAAACAUCACAUUCUUCCGCAUCAUCAUGAGCUUACUAUUCUUAAAUUCUACUACUCGUUGGAUUGCCGGGGAUGUCUCUUUCAAAGGACUGCUGCUUUCAGCUAAAACUUACUGUUCUUUAUACCUUUGUAUGUAUGAUACUUUUGUAACAAACCAUGGUUGUGUCCAAGGUAAAACCACAGCGAUAUUUUUGGAUGCUCUGUCAACAAUCCUGACUUGUUUUUGCAAUAUUGCCAUUAGCCGAACUUCGUUUUGUGAAUCUCUUACUUUAAACUAACUUGUUGAGAACAGUUCAAAUCUAACUUGUCAUUCUUCGGUGUAUUUCUCCAAACUGGCAAAGGGCAUUAGCUUUGAAAGGUGACUCAUUUCCCUUUUCCCUCUGCCUGUUCUCUCACCCAGUAUAUGGAGAAGGGCAGUGGUCAAUCUGAACAUUUUACUUCUGAUGGUUUUUUUAAUAAGUUGCUAGGCAAUAGUGCAGCUUUCCUUCCUAGCAUUAUAAAAGUCACACCCUUCCGAAUUUUCUUAAAUUGUAGAAGUGAAACUUUUUAAAGAAGAAGUUCCUUUGCACUGCGUAACCUACUCUUCUUCAUAUGUUGUGAUGUAAACUUUUGAAUGUGGAAUCUUAUUCUGGAGAAUAGAAGCAGGUAUGUUUAAUACACAUACAGAAAUACAUACAUAGCAUAUAUAUGUAAGGAUAUAUAUGCAUGCCGUGAAACUUGACUGCACAACAGGAAUCAUUAUUUUUAAAUUCCAGGAACGGGUAGUCUUUGACACAGUGAUUAUCCUUUUGAGGCUGAACCCAUUUUUGAUUUGUCAUCUAGAUGUGCUUUUUUCCCCAAGAGCGAGGAAUUUGAGUCUGCUGCACCUGCUUCAUUUUUGUUACUUCCAAGUAAAAGGCUGUGUUUUCAGAGAUCCAUGAGGAGAUAGAUCCCUAGUGUUGAACAGUAGCCAGAAUAGGAAACUGAUGUCCGGACAGGUUCCUGCAGGAGGAGGCUAGGUCAUCAGAAUCUGGGGAACUGACAACCAGGGCUGCCCAGGAAACAGGACUUGAUAACAUGGAGUAGUGAUGAGAACGAGAUACUCUCUCAUGUUUUUGCCACUUUCAAGAUUUUAACUUCUCAGGUUAUUAAUCAAAAUUAAUCGAGUACGUUAGCCAAUAGCUCUUAGGUUAAAACAAUGGACAGGGGGUUUGUGGAGUGUUUACUGUCAUGGGCAACUGUAGUAGCAUAGGCUCUUGGUCUGCAUUUGAAUGUUUCAUAUAUUUUUUGUUCCACAGUUAAUCUUCCUUCCUCAAGUUUGCUAUUCAAAUCAAAUCUUUAAUGACAUUUACCUAGAAGUUUGAGGUAUUUUUGGGAGAAAAGUGCGCAUUUCCAAUGCAGGUGUCUUCCCUGUUGCUUAUUAAUGUUCUCUGAGUUGCUUCUACUUGGGGGAAACCCUUUUGCUAGAAUUACUGCAUAAUAUUUAUAGGAAAAAGAUUUCUUUCAGGCUAGAAUGAUACAAGUGAGUAAAGGAAGUUGGUCAGCUUAACUCUGGAGUGGUGGCAAUAAUCUCUGAACAUUCCAAAAGAUGCUGAGCUGAACCUAAGCUUUCUUAAAAUCUGAACAGACAUAGGAACCUGGCAAUUGUCCUUUGAACUGUGACCAGCUAGUGGGCAUCAAAGGUAUAUCAGUCAGUGGCCUAAAGCCAUUCAAGUAUAGAAACAGCUAUAAACAUCUGAACAAUUAAGGGUAACUAUUUUGUCUUUUUUUUUUUUUUGUAAACUCAAAGCUGAGCAGAAAAGACUUCACUUUCUAAAGGUGAAUAUUGAGUUUGUUUCUUCCCUCACUGUUCCCCUUCCAUGAAGCAAUAGUGUACAACUUAGGUUAUGUUUGGCUUGAAAAAAUUUGAAUGAAAAAGUUCAUGCUAUUGAUUUUCUUUUGCAAGAUGCCUGUUUAUCACCUGUUCCGAUAUAAAUGUUUCCCUAUGCUUUUGAAAUAAAUUUCCUUUUGUAAUUUUG